CUCAGCCCAGCUCCCUUCCCCCCUUCUCUCUCUCCCUCUCUCGCUGGCUGUACUCUUCCCACGCGCUCGUGGUCGCACACCAACUCGACCUACCACGAGCCGAUUGGACCGCCGCGACGGGGGAGGUUUGCGAGGGCCGAGCUAGGGUUAGGGUUUUUGCCCUGGAUUCACGAGGCGUAUAGCCUGAUCCAUGGACGAGGGUCCGGGCCCGGUGGGCGAGAUGCUAUCCCCCGGCGAGGCGGAGUGGCCACCCGAGCUGCGCCUCCCGCCGCCGCCUCCCAUCCACGAGCCCGCUCCUCCUCCUCCUCCAGCGCCAUCGGCAGGGUCGGGCCACCGUCUCACUGCGUGGCUGCACGCUCCUCCCGCCGUGCCGUCGCCGACGAAGAAGGAGCCGUCCCCGCCUCGUCAUUCCGAGGGGUUUGACGACUCGCACUUCCUGGGAUCGAUCAUGGGGGCUGCGGCCCCGCUCCAGCAGCAGCAGCAGCACCCGGCCGUGGCGGAGGCGCCGGUUUUGGUGAAGAGGAAGAGAGGGAGGCCGCCGAAGAACAGAGACGGAGCGGCUGCCGCACCUGCGCCGCCCAAGCCGGUGAAGAAGACGGACGGCGAGGAGGUGGUGUGCUUCAUCUGCUUCGAUGGGGGCAGCCUUGUGGUCUGCGACCGGAGGGGUUGCCCGAAGGUGUACCACCCCACGUGCAUCAAGCGCGACGAGUCGUUCUUCAGGUCCCGUGGCAAGUGGAAUUGCGGUUGGCACAUCUGCAGCAGCUGCGAGAAGGCAGUACAGUACAUGUGCUAUACCUGUACUUACUCCCUCUGCAAAGGAUGCAUCAAACAAGGCAAAUUCUUUGGUGUUAGAGGGAACAAGGGCUUCUGUGAUACUUGCUAUGGCACUAUAUUGUUGAUAGAAUCCAAAGAUGAAGAUGUUGCAAAGGUUAGGGUUGAUUUUGAUGAUAAAAGUAGCUGGGAAUAUCUUUUUAAGUUAUAUUGGCUGGAUCUUAAAGGGAAACAUUCAUUGACAUUGGAAGAACUAAUCAGUGCCAAGAGCAGUUGGACUGUUCAAAGCUAUUCUGCUAGGAAAGAAAAAGAGGAGUCUUCUGGUGAACGAUAUGAUGCAAACAAUGACCAUGAUGCCAGUUCUGACAGCUCUUCGAAGAAACGGAAACGGUGUACCUCUCUAAGGAAAAGGGGGCGGAAGCGUCAAACUCAUGGUGGUAUUACUGCAAGGAAAUAUGAAAUUUCAAAUAAAGUUGCUGAAAGCUUACCCAAGGAAGUACCAUUUGAAGGGACAAACUUGUUAGGUGACCCGAAAUGGGCCUCAUUGGAGCUGCUGGAAUUCAUUGGGCACAUGAGGAAUGGUGAUCAGUCUCAGAUUUCCCAAUUUGAUGUUCAGGUUCUUUUGCUCGAGUAUAUAAAGCAGAAUAACCUCCGUGAUCCUCGCAAAAAGAGUCAAAUUAUUUGUGAUACAAGGCUUAGCAGUCUGUUUAGGAAACCACGUGUUGGUCAUUUCGAGAUGUUAAAACUUUUGGAAUUGCAUUUUCAUGUGAAAGAGACUCCAAGAGUAAAUGGUGAUACACAAAGAACCCUUGAUCCAGAUUCAGCUCAAGUAGAUGGUGGAGGAUAUAGUGAGAUGGCACCUAAAUUAAGCUCUGAUAAGAGGAGGAAAACCCAUAAGAAGGUUGAAAGAGAUCCACAAGCUGAUCUAGAGGAUUAUGCAGCCAUUGACAUGCAUAAUAUCAAUUUAAUUUACUUGCGUCGCAGCUUGAUGGAGGAUCUUAUUGACGAUGUUGCUGCAUUCUCUGAGAAAAUUACUGGUGCUUUUGUAAGGAUAAGAAUUUCUGGUGUCGGCCAACAACAGGAUAUGUAUCGUCUAGUUAGAGUCCUUGGUACACAUAAAGUUGCAGAACGAUACAGUGUUGGUAAGAAGACAACAGAUUAUGCACUCGAGAUAUCAAAUUUAGAUAGGAAGGAGGUUAUCACAAUGGAUACAAUCUCAAAUCAGGAUUUCACAGAGGAGGAAUGCAAACGUUUACGCCAGAGUAUGAAGUAUGGUCUAAUUUCUCGACUUAAAGUGGGAGACAUCCAUGAGAAAGCUAAAAUCUUCCAAUCCCUGCAAAUUAAUGAUUUGUUGGAAAAUGAAAAGCAGAGGCUGAGCAAUCUCCGUGACCGUGCUAGUGAAAUUGGACGCAGAAAAGAACUUAGAGAGUGUGUAGAAAAGUUAAAACUUCUGAACACUCCUGAAGAAAGAGAACGCAGGAUUAAUGAAGUUCCAGAAGUACAUGUUGACCCCCAUAUGGCUCCUGAUUAUGAGUCUGCUGAAGAAUGGAAUGACAAAACAACCGUUGAUUGUACAAUAAAAAGGAAUGGAUCAGACCUGUUAUUUCAUGGAGGAAAAGGGGCAGAAUCAAACUCUGUGAUGUACACGACACAAAAAAAUUCUGACACCAGUUGUCACACGAGUUUAAGUCCACCUACAGAAGGUGUAUCAGAUAAACCAGGAACAGGAAGCAACAUUAAUUUACCGUCAGCAAAUGGAUGGAAUAUUCCUCGGCCUGGUAUUGAUUUAAACAACACAGCAGGUGAAUCUGCGUCAGUUUCAUCAUCUGGAGUUGUACCAAGUGACACAGAGCCAGAAAAGGUAUGGCACUACAAGGACCCUUCAGGAAAUGUUCAGGGACCAUUUACACUUUCCCAGCUAUCCAAGUGGACUAGUUAUUUCCCUCAUGACAUGAAAAUUUGGCUUACAUUUGAGAGUGAAGAGAACUCACUGAUGUUGACUGAAGUGCUCGCAAAGCAGCAGAAAGAUCUCAUUCGACCUACACCAGUUAUCAACAAUAGUAAAUCCACAUCGGCAGGCCCAGGGAAAGAUAGAAGUGACUCAAGUAUGGCUGAAAAUAUCACUUCCCCAAUUGGUUAUAACGUUCUCUACUCUUCUGGAUUACCUAAACAGUCUGCCGACCGUUCUCCUCCAAGAAUAAAAGGUCCUAACCAUUUGGGCGAAGCUUUGCCAUCGGCAACAAGCUGGGAGCCUCCGAAGAAUGCUCCGACUUCAUGUGUCCAGACCCAGCAUCGGGCUAACUAUUCAUGCACCAUUCCAUCUUCUGUGGGUUCAUAUGGACCACCAGGAUCUCAUGCUGAGGGAGUCCCCAAAGAAAAGGCUGGGGGGAAGAACAAUACUCAAGAAGCUGGUGGUUUGUGGAGCCCAACCCCACCACCACACAAGAGUCAAAUUAGUCAGAGUAGCAUGGAGCCUCAUCCUGUUGCGUGUACUACGAAGAAGCAAUUGCAGAUUGUUUCUAAUAGUAAUUCGCUAGCAGGAUCUGUGGAAAAUUUGAAUAUGCAGAUGGAUUUCGGUCCACAGAAAGUACUCACUCCUUCACAACAAUCUGAGAGAGACCUUACCAUUUCACUUGGUACUUCCAGUUCACCUGAGUUUAAAACACAGGAAGGUGCUUGCUGGAGUUUAACAACAAAACCCACUGCUCAUGAUGAAAUUCAAUUUUCAAUUGCUUCAGCAAAGCCUGAGAGCCGUUCAAAUCCUGUUGAAGGCAGCAAUUCCAAUUCAGCCUUUGGCUUGCCUAGUCAGUCAGGAACUGCAGCCCGCAGUCCACAAUCAGCCCCAUUCACAUGUAGUUCUAAUUCUAGCAAGACUGAGAAGACCAUGGAUCUGCAUAAAACAUGCCCUGCUGAUGCCUCAAAGGCCCCAGUCCAUCAACUUCCUGAACCUAAAAUUGACCUGGUCUCAUACCCUGGCACUCAAGAACAAUAUCCGAGUCCAACUCCAAAGCUUGAGAGGAAGGAGUCUUCCAUGAACAAGUCAGGGUCAACAACAGUAGAACCUGAAGAUUCAGCUACAAAAGCAUAUGACCGCUCUUUGACAGCUUUUGUAUCAGAAACAUCUGGUCAACCUUCUAGUAAAAUUGUUGACUUGCAGUUAUUCAAGGAGACCUCAUGUGUUGAAGAAAGAGAUCUGAAACAUGGAGGGGUUCCAUUAGCUAAGAGAGAUAACAUAAUUGUUAAUCCUGUAACUGAUGCUGAAGCAAUAGCUGUGUCCAAUGUUUUGGAAUCUUUAACGGAACAAAACUGUGGAACAUAUAAUAUGCAUGGAGCAACUCCUUCGGAGAAUUUCGCACCAGUUUCAGUCGAGGAAGAACGGCCACAGUGCUCAAGCCCUAUUGCGCUAUCUCCUUGGGGCGAACAAAGUUACUAUCAAGGUGAAGCUGUUGAUUCUGCUCUAUGGGGUGUCCAAGAUGACCCAAGCAAUGACAUGUGGUCGUUGUCUUCACCAACACCUGCUCUCCAGCCUUCUUCGGGUCUUCGAGUUGAUGGAAAAGAUACUUCAUGCAUCAUACAGGACAUGAUAGUAGCCCAAGGAAAUAGCGCUGUUGUUGAAAUGUCACCAACACCAGAGGAGAAAAAGACGGAAAAAUGUAACUCGAGUGCUUCCACAGCUUCUGGAGUGCCAGAGCAGGUAAAACCAAAAUCAAGUGCUGCAUCGGGCUCAUCUCUCAGGAGCACAAAAACUUCAGACGGGCAACCACCAGUUUCAUUCCUGGACAGGAGCACAAAAGCUUCAGGAGGGCAGCCACUAGAUUCAUCUUUGGAGGGGUGCACAAAAGCUUCUGACGGGCAACCAGCAGUUUCAUUCCUGGACAGGAGCACAAAAGUUUCAGGUGGGCAACCAUCAGGCUCAUUUCUGGAGGGGAGCACAAAAACUUCAGUGUGGCAACCAUCAGGUUCGUCUCUAGAGGGGAGCACAAAAGGUUCAGGAUGGGGUUCAUCCCUAGAAGGGAGCACAAAAGGUUCGGGUUGGGGGUCAGCUCUAGAAGGAAGCACAAAAGCCUGUUGGCUACAGUCGAGUUCAUCUCCGGAGGGAAGGAAAGCUUCAGGUUGGCUACAGUCGAGUUCAUCUCCGGAGGGAAGGAAAGCUUCAGGUUGGCCGUCAUCAGUUCGUGAGAGUUCAAAGGUGAAUUCCACAUCAAAUGCCAGCCAAAACCGUAACUCUUCUAGUCACCAAACAACGGCACCAUCAGCUAAAAACUAUUCAGAAGCACCAAGGAGACAUGGAAACACCAACCAAAGUUCUGGCUGGGGAGAGGCAGUAGGGAACAACAGGAGCUGGCACUCAUCUUCUGGUAAUGCUAGCCGGGGCAGCCAGUCGAGUCAGCACCAUGAUAGGUACUCUCAUGGCAAUGAAUCACGGCGGGGUAGCUCGAAUCAUUCAAGGAGGCCUGACCAUCGCCAAGAUCAUGGCAGCGGCGUGCAGUCGAGAUCAUUCUCAAGAGGACAGUCUCAACGGGGUAUAUGCAAGUAUUAUGAGAGUGGCAACUGCAGGAAGGGCUCAUCUUGCUAUUACAUUCACCGCUGAUCUCCGUUGUAGGAAACACGUCGUGAAGUAACCACGUCGGACCUCACAUUUUUGUAACUGCAGGAAGGGGUCAUCUUGCACUUCCACCGUUGACCUCCGUGGUAGGAAACAUGUCGUGAAGUUACCACGCCAUACCUCACAUUUUUGUAUAGCCUGAUAACUUGAUAAGUUAACCUUGUAGUCAGCUUAGAAGAGAGCUUAACUUUGGCGUCACUCAGUUCCCAGUAAAUAUAUCUGUCAGCAAGUUGCAUUUUAA